AUGACAGAACCAGUUCCAUUAUCUAGAAAACUUGGAAAGAAACCAAAAUGGUAUUUUGCGGACGAUAAGCUUUCUCGGCUUCCAUCUAAAAUGUCUAUUGAUUCGGCUGCUGAACUUAAAUAUAGAAGACAAACUGCAGAAUUUAUUCAGGAAAUGGCUGAACGGUUGAAUCACAACAUUCCACAUCACAGAGGACAGCUGGCAAAGUGCAUCGCUUCAACAAGAAGACAAUUGCUUGGUUGCAUUUAUUUGGCUUGUAGAUGUGCAGAUUAUGAAGUGUGAAAGAUUUGAGGCCAAUUGAUGACGGCAACCCUUUGGACAAUUUUUUAUGUUGCUUUGGAUACAACACAUGCUCUUGAAACCCUGGCUUGAAAGGUUAUUUAAUGAUUUUAAGAAUUCUUUUAAAAAAUUUUUUAAACAUGUUCAACUCGAAUCAACACACUCCUUGGUUGGACGUUCCUGGCCGAGGCAGACAAAAACUGGCAGCUUUUGGCUGUGCAUGUUUGGAAGGGAAGGAGGCGUGAUUGAGACAAUGGUAUUUUAUUUAUUUUUAGUUGAGGGGUUUUUUGAGUGGAUUUCUGAACGAUUUUAGGAUUUGAAAUUAUUGAUACAAUUUUGAAUUUAUCUGUUUUUUUCUUUUCGUUGUCCCAACAUCGUCUAAAUUCCUCGGGAGCAUUCUUGUAUUCCCCAAAGAACAUUUGAGACCUUGUUCUAU